UGGUUCGGUCACAUGUCAAACAUGCGGUCCCAUGGAUCGCAUGUGCACAGAACAUGAUUCAUGGGUUCCGUCACAGUUCAAAAUGCGGUCCCAUGGAUCGCACGGAACAUGAGAUGAUUGAUGUGGUUUUUCAAGAGCCACUGCUUGAACAUAUUCACGAUUCAAUUCUUGAACAUGUGCCAUCAACAAGUGGUGGAACGUCUGCUGUAGAAGAUCAGAGCCCAAAAGCCCAAAGCCUGACAUCCCUGUGGAGUUAAACUGCUUAGCAUGGCCGACCAGUCAGUUCCUACCAUUCCCAUUGUGGAGACCCACUUGAUCCACGACAGUCACGACGAGACUCUUCGCUACACAGACUCCAUGGUUGUAGAGGGUGCUGACGCGCAGCCGCCUGUCACCCCCAUGGAGCCGCAAGCGGGAUCCUGAGAGUUUGUUGAGCGACCCUUUGGCGCGUGAUGCUCUGCCACCGAGCGCCUUUCUUCUCGACUUUAUGCAUUUGUAUUGGAGUUGCGGGAUCAUUUCUUGGGAAGUGAACGCGCUUCACGCCAAAUGGAGUGAGACCGGAAUUGGCGAUCUAGAGCAGUUCUUGUCCUUGGAGUGGCGCACUUCCGUGCAAGGUUGCUCGCCAUCUUUUCGAAAGCGGCUUGGUGGCGCCUUUAACUUUGAGGGUGCCGUGUACAAAGGGUCCGCUUCGAACUUAACACUGUUUUUCCCACUGUUUCACUACUUCUUGUCAAGAGUUCUUGACUCCAGAGGGUUGCUUGUGAAGGAAAUGGAAAGUUUCAAUGCGUUGCGACGCAUCAGCAUUGAGUUACGGAGCAUUGCUACGAGUUCUGCACCUCUUGCUACUGAGCGACUACAAGAACUACAAGUCGCACAUCAGUCUUUGAUUGUAGAAGUUUAUUCUGAGAGCUUUGUGAAACCGAAACAUCACCAACGGUUUCACGCGGCUGAGCAGUUGAAACAAACCGGAUUUUACGUCGACUGUUUUGCGAUGGAGCGAAAGCACAAGCAGUUCAAGUCGCAUAUCGGUUUGCACCGUUACAAGGUGAGACCCGGGCUCUAUUGAAGUUAACUUGCAC